AUCCGAACUGUGAAAUGGACUUUCCUUUAUUGAACCCACUCAAAAUAAUAGUAAUCCCACUCUUUCUCUCUCUUUUCUAUUUCGGUAAAGUAUCAGAGAAUCACUUGGCCAUAUUUAUUUUUUUAUUUAGGCGAAAAAAGAAGAAGCCAGGCACCACCAUAUCCAUUAGAUCUGCAGGCUAGAAAUAGAAUAGAAUCUCUAAUAAACACUGCACAGAGUUGGAGAAGUUUAUGCCAAACAGUCCCUAUAAAUCCAAGAAGAAUUUAUGCAUCUGAUCUAUCUAGAGGAAGAGAUUUAAAUCCCAUUCAACUCAUCCAGAUCGGGAAGAAAGAUCAUCUAUAUAUAUGAAGAUUAAUUAAAUAUAUUUAAAGAAGAAAAUUAAUUAAUUAAUAUAGAAGAAAUUAAAAAGAAAAAAUGGCUCGAGAGAAGAUAAAGAUAAAGAAGAUAGAUAACAUAACGGCUCGGCAAGUAACAUUCUCAAAGAGGAGAAGAGGGCUUUUCAAGAAGGCUCAAGAACUCUCUGUGCUUUGCGAUGCUCAAGUUGCUCUCGUCGUCUUCUCUUCUACCGGCAAGCUCUUCGAGUUUGCUAGCUCUAGCAUGAAGGAAGUCCUCGGAAAGUAUAAGUUGCAAUCUAGUGAUGAUAAUGAGAAAACAAAUCCUCCACCUUCUAUUGAACUUCAGCUAGAGAAUAGUGCUCAUAUGAGAUUGAGGAAGGAGAUUGCUGAUAAGACUCACGAAUGCAGGAUGUUAAUGGGUGAAGAACUUCAAGAGUUGAGUAUAGAAGAGCUGCAGAAGUUAGAAAAAAAGAUCCAAUUAGGAUUAAAUCGUGUGCUUGAAGCUAAGACUGAACGAGUUAUGAACGAGAUUGCUGCUCUCGAGAGGAAGGGUGAAGAGCUCUUGGAAGAAAAUAAGAAACUGAAACAAAAAGUGAGUAAUGGGAAAUUGUUUCCUGCCACUGCUGAUGGGGAAGAAGGUAUUUCUUCAGAAUCCAUCGUCUGUAGGAGCGCUCCUCCUCCUGAAGAUUAUCUAUCAGACACCUCACUCAAGCUAGGGCUCCCCUUUUAACUAGUUAGGUCAAUGAGAAUGAAAAGAGGAUUGGAAUGCAGCAGCUAGAAAAAGUAAAUGAAGAUUGUAUGCAAUAAUUACUGAUGACUUGAUCAGCAAUAAAUAAUGUUACAUGGCCAGGUCUAAAAUGACCUCAAAAUCCAUGUAUCCCUCUUGAAUUUGGUAUCUUUUUUCGGUUGUAAUUUGUAUUUAUAUGUCAAAAGAAAGUGUACUGUAUAUUCUAUAUUGUGCUUGCUCUUUACACAUUUCCCAUUUUCUUGCUGAGCUAGAAAAUAGAAUAAACAUUACUUUUUAAUCGUAACCUGAAAAAGAAUUUCUGUUGUAGAA